AUGCUGCAAGGUGUCCAGUUUAGUGUCCUCUACUAUAAAGGUGACUUGGAACUCCUGGAGAACGGUGUUCCGACGCCGUCCAAUCGCAGCAGCACCUGCUCGGAGAUCGUGCGCAUCGAACAGAUGGCCAGCGACCAAGACUCGCAGUCCGAGACCAAGCUGGGAAAAUACAUCAGCAGGAUCAGGGGCCUGAAGAAAUGGGCGGUUCGACACAAGAAGCACAAGGAACCGGACCGUCCGGAUUCUUUCCUGGAGAAGUUCGCCAUGGGCCAGAUGGGCGAGGAAGGCGGCGACGCCCCCAAAGAGGAACCGGGCACCAAGCAGAGUUUUUUCGAGAAACACAGGCAGUCCUUCGUGGUGGACCCUUCGGACAACUUCCACUACCGCUGGCUGUCGGUCAUCAGCGCGGCGGUGCUGUACAACGUGCUGGUGAUUGUCGGCCGCAGCGUGUUCUGGGAACUCCAGAACGCCAUGCCCGUGGCCUGGUAUGUCUUCGACUACACCUGCGACGGCAUCUACCUUCUCGACAUGGUCUUCCACGCGAGAACGGGCUACCUCGAACAAGGGCUCCUCGUUCGCAACACGCGCAAGCUGAUCAAGCAGUACACCACGUCGCUGCAUUUCAAGUUGGACAUCCUGAGCCUAAUCCCGACAGACCUCUCGUACUUUUUCUUCGGCGUCGAGUGUAACGUCCAAGUCCCCUGCGUUGUGAUCGUUCGUCUGAAUCGGCUCUUCAGGGCCUAUCGAAUGCAAGAGUUUUCUGACAGGACGGAGGCACGGACCAACUUUCCGUACGCCUUCCGCAUCGGCAAACUCAUCUUCCUCAUUCUGGUGAUCAUCCACUGGAACGCCUGCCUCUAUUUCGCCGUGAGCUACGCCAUUGGCUUCGGAACAGACAGCUGGGUCUACAAGAACAUCACCCUUCCUGUGUACAGUACCUUGAGGCACCAAUACAUCUACAGCUUCUACUGGUCUACCUUAACCUUGACUACCAUUGGGGAAGUGCCUAUUCCGGAGAAGGAUCCAGAGUACGUCUUUGUGGUCAUAGACUUUCUCGUGGGCGUUCUCAUCUUUGCCACUAUCGUCGGCAACGUCGGCAGCAUGAUAACUAAUAUGAACGCUGCCAGAGCCGACUUCCAGCAUCGCAUGGACAGCGUCAAGCAGUACAUGGAGUUCCGAAAGGUCAGCAAAGAGCUCGAGAACCGCGUGAUCAAGUGGUUCGACUAUCUCUGGACGAAUAAGCAGUCUCUGGACGAGGACAAGAUUACGUCCAUGCUUCCGGACAAGCUAAAGGCGGAGAUUGCCAUUCACGUCCACCUGGACACUCUAAAGAGGGUGAGGCUUUUCCAAGACUGCGAACCUGGACUCCUAGUACAGCUGGUCUUGAAGCUAAGGCUGCAGGUCUUUAGCCCUGGAGACUACAUAUGUCGAAAGGGAGACGUCGGUAAAGAAAUGUACAUUGUCAAGAGGGGUAAGCUAAGCGUGGUGGGUGACGAUGGACGCACAGUGUUUGCGACGCUGAGCGACGGCAGUGUCUUCGGAGAGUUAAGCAUUCUGAACAUCUCCGGCAACAAGACGGGCAACAGAAGAACGGCCAACGUCCGUAGCGUGGGUUAUUCGGACCUUUUCUGCUUGUCCAAGGAAGAUCUCUGGAUUGUUCUGGAGGAGUACGCCGAGGCAAAGAAGAUGUUGAUUGAACGAGGAAGGAACAUUCUUCGGCGGGACGGACUCCUGGACGAAGAGGCCAUCAAGGUCGCCGAAGAAGAGCAAGAGACGCUGAAAGGAAAGUGCGAGCGGCUCGAGAAGUCGCUGGACCAUCUGCAGACAAGGUUCGCAAGGCUGCUCGCCGAGUACAUGGCGUUCCAAGUAAAGAUGAAGCAGCGGAUUACCAAGCUGGAGGGCAAUAGUGCGGACGAUGAGGACAAGGAGCCGCCUUCUGCGGACGACGAGGACUUGGCCACUCAGAGUGGUCGGGAGUGA